AUGUUGAAGCGACAUCGUCAGCAUCCGCCGGAGCCUCAGACCUAUCGACAGUUAGAGAAAAUGAUCAAGAUCGCACGAAGUGUUGACCAGUCACCUUGCUUCAGUGCUCUCGUCAAUAAUUCUAACAAUUUGAGCCCGGACAGGAUGAUCAUCAUCAGAGAUUGGGUGGCCAAAUUAGGUCACUAUUACGGCGCUUGUGAUGCCCUGGUUGCGGCAGCCAGGAGAAAGAGGAGUCUGUUCCAGAACAUCCAGGUUGGAAGUUUCGAUAUUUCGAUACCGAAGACCGUUCGCUCACCCUCGACACCGGGUUCGGCCAUUCCGUUGCUCGAAACCCUCCAGAAUUCACCCGGAACCUCGAAAGUCUUGCAAAGGUUCGGCAAUUCACAAGCCAAAGCUUGCACUGGCUUGCUCAACCGCUUGGAUGGCACAAGGGCAGGCAUUAAGGUCCAUGCCGAAAUUAAGUUACUCUUCUACUACGCAACACACCGUGUCAAGCUCAAGCCGCGCGUUAUCUGUGCAAACAAAAGCGCAUGUUAUCUGUGUGACCUUUUUCUGAGAGUCCAUGGUCAAUUUCAAGUGCCAAUGACAUUUGGCAAGCUUAACGAACGUUGGAUCCUACCGGAUUGGCUGAGUAUCAGACUUGAAGAAUCAUCGACGCUGAGACUGGCCGUGGAGCUGUUUGACCGUGCUCUUGACGAGCAGAUUCAACGACUAUUGAAAGAACGUCUGCCUGAUCCGAUGGAGAGUGCGAUCGGUUUGCCUGUACGAUGGUCGCCCGCCUUUUCAGCCCGGAUUAAAACAACAAAUGGCCUGACCAGGACAAUUCGGAGCUCGGGUGAGAGCAAUCUCGACGCAGUUCGAGGGUCGCGGACCUCCUCGGACUUACAGGAAAGCUACUGCAUUUCCGCGUUGAAACGAUAA